GACUCGGAGUCGGAGGGAGUUGAAAGUCGUUUUGCGCAGGCAAAGUGGUAUGUAGGUAACACGAAGCGACGUGACUGCUAUGUGAAUCUGUUGGUGCGACUCACAGGCUUUGCAAGAACCUUCUGCACGCCGCGUACCUAGUAUCCAAUGAGAGGCGUUUUAGAGGACUUGGCCUUUGUCUCAAGGGAACUCUUGUCUUCACAAAAUCGGAGUGUACUGGUGCUCUCUUUGGAGGAAGCAGCACAAUUUGUCUUGAGUUUGUGAAAGAACGGUUUAAAUGAAGGCAUGCAGCUAGAUAACAGAGAAUUUUGGACGCACGCAUUGAUGGAAGCAGGGAAGGGCGGUUGAAAGGAGAUAUAUUGCCUGGGGAAGGCGUGCACAAAGAGUUGGCAACCAUGUUCAGUAACCUUUUGUCUUUGAAGAAGGCCUCUGUGCCAGGUCCUGAGCCUGCUCGGAAUGUCAACCUGGUGCAGGAAAAUCCUAUCUUAGCCAUUCUGAAGGUACUGGUCGACCGCCUCAACGACCCUUCAGUGGAAGUUGGAGAAGCAAGCGCAAGAGCUUUGAAGAACAAUGCCCCCAGACAUGCGGAGCUCAUCAUUGAUUGCUGUAUCAUGGCCGUGAAGCCUGCAACAAAGCGUGGAGAUUCUGGCCCGCUUCCUGUACUGGCAAUGCAAGUCAUGGCGCACGCGGUUAAAGUCGCCAAUGAGAAUGUACUGGAGGCGGCUUUGAUGAGAGACAUCGUCCAUGUGGCGUUGACAGGAUUGGCUGCGGCCAGGGCACUUGGUUCGCCGGAGCAAAGUGCAGCUUCAGACGUCCUUGUUGCUGUUGGUACACGCAUGCCAGACGUGAUGUUUGACGAUGUGAUGGUGCAACUGAGAAAGGGUGCAGUCCCCAUGCUGUUUGUUGCGACCAUGUUUGCAGAGUUCGCUGAAGCAGACGCCGCUCGUUUCGUCCCCCGGGUGAAAGCGGUCUUUGCAAGGAUUAUCCCCGCGCUUGGAGGCAUCCGAGAUCAGCAGCGGAUUGCUUAUGCCCAAGCACUUACUGCCUGGUGUGGAGCGAUCACGCACUACCAACACGACAUACACCCAGAAUGGAAGAUGGACGCUGAAACUCGUGCCUUCAUCUUUUCAGCCUUUGAGCUCCUGCAGUACUACUGGCUGCGAGCAAACGAGCCUCAGGUCAGAGGGGCGACCGUGGAAGCUCUCGGCGAAAUGUGUGCACUCAUUGGUCGCAAGGAACUGAAGAAGUCAAUCCACAAGUUGCUCAACGCACUGCUUUCAUUGUACUCGAAUCACGAGGACGAUCCUCUGCCGGUCUCGAGGGCCAUCCACAGCGUCCUAGCUGCAGCGUUGAGCGAGGCUGACUCCCCGCGCUUGCUUGAUUACCAGGCUGUCGUGUACACCCUUACGACCCUCCUCCCCAUGGCAGCGGCCAGAGGGGGCAGUAGCCCACACGUGAGCGCCACCUUGAAAAACACCCACGAGGUCCUGCGCAGCUUCGAUGUCGUCGCGCAAGCGUUCCCGGAGGAAGUGUGCGGCUUCUUGCUCCAGCGCCUUGACAACCGGGACGAGAUGAUCAAACUCGGUGCCCUCGAACUUGUCCGGCAUCUCCUGCCAAGGUUGACUGACAAGUGGCAGAACAAGAAGACAGGUUUGAGAGAAAAGCUGGGUGGCCUCUUGAAAGAGUUGAGCUUGGAGGUUCGCAAAGCGUUGGCCCAGGUCGUACUAGUCGUCGCUGCGUCAAACUAUCUCGAUGUGGACAACGCAGAGCCGUUCAUGGAGUUCCUUGUGCGCCAGUGCUCGUCAGAGGCCGUCUCGGAGAGCUCUACGUCAGGAAAGAUGGCGCCCCCUGCCACGCCCUCCCUGGAGCUCCGCACCAUAUGCGAGAAGGGUCUCUUCCUCCUCGCGAGCACCGCCGUCAACGCCGAACCCUACCUGUGGCCCUACCUCCUCAAAACCCUCACCCCGCCCCAGUACACCCCCGCCGCAGCCACCGUCUGCCGCUGCAUCGCCGAAAUUGCUCGGCGUCGCACUGACGUCAUCGCUCGAGAUCUCGCCGUCCUGGGGGGGUCCUUCCCGACGCCCCAAGCCCUGCUGGCCAGGCUCGUGGUGCUGCUGGAGAGCCCCCUGGAGCGAGGCCGGCUCGGGGAGAGGGUGCUGAAAGUGCUGUACGGCCUGGCGCCCUUCUUCCACAAGAACGUGGUGCUGCUGUGGCGCGACGAGGUUCCCAAACUCACGGCGUUUUUGGAGCAAGGCGGGGAGGAGGACUGGUGGCAGGAGCAGUGGGAGGAGAUGGUGCUCGACCUGCUGGGCGAGUCCCUCGAGGUGAUAGCAGACCAGGGUUGGACGCUCCUCCUCGGCUCCGCCUUUGAAGACCAGUUCCGGCUGUACGCCCCCUCGGGUACCCGCCACCCUUUCUGCUACCGCUGCAUCGGGGUCGUCCUUCAAAAACUCUCCGACUCUAGUUACUGCUACCACAAGCUCGAGCAGCUCUACGCCCGUGCCGAUCUCUCUCAACCCCUGCACCGCAAAAGCGUCGCCAUGGCUGUUGGCCUUGCAGCAAACUCGCACCUGGAAACGGUCCUCGAGCUGCUGCGCAAAGUGUUCGCCCAGCAGAAGCGCAAGCUGCGCCCGUUUCUAGGGUUCCUUGGGUUUAGCUCCGCAAGCAAGCCAGAGGUCGAGCGCCACUUUGCAUCGCUCGCGCUCAUGUACGGGUACACCGCGUUUUACGCGCCUCCGACAGAGCUCCAAGGCCGGAUCGACGCGCUCGUGGGGACCGGGUAUUUUGCGGAGCUCCUGAAAGUGGACACGUGGGCGGCCAAGUAUGCGGUCAUUGCGGCAAUCGACCUGCUGGCGCGGUCGGUGCAGGGGGCUGCGGACAGGGGCGUCCCGUUCCCCUUGAAGAAGAAGGAGGAUCUGCUGACGCACGUGAUGAUGCUCAUGGCCGGGUCGGGGUGGGCGAGCGAGCUCCUUGAAAUACAGAGUCGCGCCCUAGAAGCCUUCACCACCCUCAUCUCGGUCGACCCCCCCGUGUCCCCCAUUGCCCGCAACCGCCUCCUCGAGUCCGUCAUCCACCUCUUCGCAGCUCCCCCAGAGCCGACACGUGUCAUCACCCCACUCCUCUCAAGCCUCGUCACCCUCCUGAUCACCAUGCUGCGGGCAGCCGCAAGGGAUCCCUCGGCGCAGGCAGAGCUUCUUGAGCUGCAGCUCUCGCAGCUGGACCGCUUCGUGACGUCGGCCGAUGACGUCAUUAGGGAGCGGGCGUGUGGGGCGGUGCUUUCGCUGCUUCAGGAGUACCGGGCCCUAUUGUCGGCAGGCUCGUCCAGAAGUGAGGGCGCUGAGGGGUCUGGCACUGGCGGCUGCCGCAGCAUUCUCCUCCUGGGCGAGCGCCUGGCGGUGUACCUGCCCCGCUGCACCGACCCGCUAGUCCACGUCAGGGAGCUUGCAGGCACCAUUGUCGAAGAGCUCGCGAGCAUCGCAUCACUCCUUCCGGAACCACCCGGCCGUCCCGGCACUGACUCCACGCAUGCAAGCAGCAGCAGUGUGCAAAGCACCUCCGCUUCCGCUUCACGUGGUGUGGAGUCGGGCUCGCGGGAUGCGGCAUUGGAUGCACCAGAGGCCGUGACGUCAGGGCCUGAGGCAGCGACGUCAGGGUCGGGAGAGGGGAACGGAAGCACAGACGGAUUGGAGCGGACGAGAAGCUCGGUUGGUCAUCUAGUCAAGACGUUUGAGGAGGGUUCGUCGGACGGUCGAAAGAGUGGACCCCAAGAGAAUUCGUGGGGGAGCAUUGGAGGAAAACGAGCAGAAGGGGAGGUUGAAGGAGCAGGCAGCAGAGAAGAAGCCGGGGGUGAGAGUCGCAGAAACGUAGCCGUGGAGGAGAGACCGGUCGGAACUAGCUCCUCUUCCACGGGAGCAGGCGGGUUCCAACCGGGAGUCGGCGUAAGCACCAGAGAGCAGUCAUGGAUGAAGAUCCGGGACCUCAAGGGUGGCCUCGCAUCCCAGAAGGACCAGUACAAGGUGGUCGGGGACAUCGUCCGGGCGCUGUGCGCGGACUUGUCGCACACGGAGGUGGUCUGUUUCCUGGUCAGCAUGCGCAUGGGGGAAACCCCCGAGGUCGCCCUGGGUGCCGCAUGCGGGCUCGAAGAGAUGGUGCGCUGCAGGGGGGGUCAGAUCAGCCCGCAGAGCGCCCCCCUGAUCGUAAAGAACCUGCUUGCAGCGGCAGGCGCAGCAUCUGGACCGGCGAAGGAAGAGGUUCUGGGGGCGUUAUCUGAAAUGGCCAAGGGGGGCCAUGCGGCUGUUGUUUACCGGGUGGCUUUGGAAGCGGCGAACGAUCAGGAGGAAGAGCCGAAGCCGAGCAUGUAUGACCGGAUGCUGAGGAGGGUCAGCCAGGAGGAGCGACACUCGCUGGACCUCCUGGAGGAGGUGUUCCAGGCUUUGGCGGACCAACCUGGAUUAGCCCUCGAGCUCUGUGACGCUCUCCUGGCGCUGAUAAGGCCUCCAAUGCCCGGGGGCGCAGCUAAAGGACCCGAUGGCGAAAAGAAAGAGGCGGCUGGGCACUCCUCAGACUUCAACAUCUCUGACGCUGCCACGUGGGCGCUUGGCGUGGUUCUGAGGCCCGGAACUCCAAUUGCCGCAGUAUGCACCAACGAGCGUUACCCGCAGACAGUUGCCACGCUUCUCCUCCGCAUUGCGCCCGUCCGCCGCACCCCGCUGAACCCCGUUCUGGCCCACGAUUACGUCACCACCUUUCAAGCCUUCUGCGCUGCCACGUCAGACCAGAAGAUGGCCGCCGCAGUCUCAUCCAACGGCCCAGAGUUCAUCGCGCGUAGCGACCGAUGGACGGACCUGAUCGACGAGAUCGUGGUCUGCAUCGCGGGCAGUCGACGGUCCAGGAUCGCCCACGUGUGUAAGGAACUGUGGCCGGCGUUGGGGUGUGAGCGGGUGGAAGAGAGAGCAAUCGCAGCGGCGGCGCUCUCCGGGUUUGUGGUACACGUGGCGGAGAACGAGGAGCUGCUGAGUCAGCUGGUGGAGAGGCUGAUUGGGCACGUCAACGACGAGGAGCGGACGGUCCGGAAGUUCUGCGUGCGGGGACUGACACAGGUUCCGUCCAUAGCGAUGGCCCAGUACGCCCCGGGCGUCCUUUCCAGCGUCAUCCCGCUCCUGGACGACACGUCAGAGGACGUCAUCUUUACUGUCCUCUGCGGCCUGGAGCCGCUGCUGACGGAAGCCAGCCCCGACGCGGUGCACCCGCACCUGCUCACGCUCGCGGAGAAGCUCCUACAUCUCCAAACCCGCCAGCACACGCCCGUCCGCGCGGCCGCAUUUGCGACCUUCGGCUUCAUCGUCAGGUUCAAGGAGGGCGCAUCGACGCCAGAGUUUGCCGACUAUAUACACCAGGGCCUGCCACGUGUCGUGUUCCACAUCGAGGAUCCCGCAGCGACGGUCCGGUCUGCGUGCCGGAAAACCCUCGAGACGCUGGCACCCAGUUUUCCGGGAGUGGACUUCUCCCCCUUGAUCGCAGGGAGCAGCAGUAGUGGUGGGAACGUUCGUAAUCCGCCACUUCAAGGCAUUGCCGCGCAGCUGAGUGAGCAUUAUGAUGAGCGGCUGAGUUUGUACAUUGACGUCACCCUAUCGGAAAUCAAGAGCGUUUGGCCCGCGGUGCGCAGCAGCGCAGCGCUCUUUGCAGCCUGCUUGGUUGUCGAGGCUAGAGGCAAUAAGGUACAAAAGGUACAGGUCGAUCAGGUGGUCUCUGGAUUGGUUCGGUUGGGUGUCGACGACCCAAGUGCGGAAGUGCGUUUGACCGUGGCUUCGGCCCUGAGUGUAGUCUUGGGCACGCUGGCAGAUGAAUGAUUGUGGAAACGGCAUCAGUACCGCUUAGCGUGGUUAGUGUCGCCAAUUCUGUCAGAGCCGCGGGUUGGUGAAGCUUGAGUCUUCCGUUCUUCAUAUGAUACCUAUUGCAGGCCUACAGGACUCAAAAAUAAAUCUUACAGGUCAUCAUAGACGUGGCACAAAAUAAGUGGUACGAAUGAACAGGCCGUAUAUAAUUUUGAGCAUCCAAUAGCUAGCAUGCACAAGCGUCAUGGUCCCAGGCCGCCAUAGCAAUAUAUGACCUGGACGCAGAGGUAGCUAUAGUUCGUCCACAUCUGAUUGAUCCUCGUCUAGCAAAAGGCGACUGAAGUACUUGGAACAGUUCCCUAGAGCUUGGUACAUAGUAAAACUGGCCGGCCCACUGAUCCUUUUUUGACAAUUUAAAUGUGCUACCAUUUGCAGUAAACGUACUUACUUGGAUGUUGGCGACUCUGCACGAUCAUGGCAUCACUUAAUUUUGAAGUUC